UAGCUUUAUUGACUAUUUCGAAAAAUAAUAUUAUAAGACUAAUAGACUUAUUUUUAAUUUAGACAAAAAUGUUUUUUGGAAGUUUCGCAUUACUACUAACAUGUCUUGGUCACUUCUGAUAAACAUAACAUAACAUCACGCCUUUUAUCCCCGAAGCGGUAGGCAGAGGUGUACAUUAUGCCAUUGUACAAUGUAACAGCCACUUUUCACUAUUUAUGUUAUGA